CACUUUCGAGUGAAGGAGUUUUCUUGGUAUAAAAUGAGUGAGAAAAAUUAGAAUUGAUACAAUUCGAGUUCGAGAUUCUAACAACGAUCGACAAAGUUUUUCGAAAUAAAUUUUAAAGUGAUCAAAUCAAAUUCAUCAAAAAUGAAUAAACAAUUGUUAUCCUUCAUUUUCGUUACAUCUCUUGUUCUCUGUGUUUCGUUGGUUCGAGCUGAAGAAGGCGAAGAGUUCGAAGAUUCUCUCGAUGGUCAAGAAGAAGAGGCUAUUUUAGAAAGAGAGAGACGAGAUAUCUCAGCCGAUUUAGAAGGAGCCGAAUCAGCGGUUGCUGGUGGUGGAGGUGCAGGUCUUGCCGCUUUCAAGAAAGGUGCUGCUGGUGGUGGAGCUGCUGGAUAUCAAGCUGGUGGAGCAGGAAAAGCUGGUUAUGCUGCUGGAGCCAAGGGUGCUAAAGGUGGUGCUGCUUAUGGAGCCGCUGGAGCCGCAGGUGGUUCGAAGGGAGCUGCUGCCAAGGGUGGAUUCGCUUCUGGAGCUUUUGGUAAAAAGUAUGGAAAGAAAGGAGGAUUCGCUAAAGCCGGUGGUGCUGGGUACAAUAAGAAAGUGGGUCUUGUCAAGAAAUUUGGAAUGAGCCAAGGAUUCAAAUUCGGUAAAGCCGCUGGUUAUGGUGCUGCUGGAGGUGCUGUCGGAGGUAAAGCCGCCAAAGGAGGUUAUGCUGGAGCUUCAGGAGCAGCUGGAUACAAGGGAGGUAAAGUCGGCGGUGCUAAAGGUUAUGCUGCUGGAACUAAGGGAGCGGCUGGAGGUAAAUCCGGAGUCGCUGGAGCUGGUGGAUUCAAGAAAGCCGCUGGUGCUGCAGGAGCUGCUGGAGUUAAAGCUACAAGUGGUAAAGGUGGCUAUGGAUUUGGUCGAUAAUCUGUUUCUUUUUUUCGUGAAUCGAUUUCUGAGUACUAGCAGCUCAAACUGUCGCAAUAUAAAAGUUUAUCAAAAUCUUUGUCAUUUGUAAAUUUUUUCAAAAAAGUUAACUGUUUAAUUCCUUUAGCUGUAAAAUCAUCAUCAUCAAAAGCGAAUCGCUUCCAACCAAUAAAAUUCUGUUUUCAUUUCCAACUGUCUAUUGAAAAGUAAUCUCACCAUUUAUAAAUUUAAA